UAUACCUUUUAGGCCCAAUUAUUAGAAUAAUCUGAGAUGUGACAACUUAAAAAAUCUAUGAACUCUUCAACUCUAAAAGGUUAAUUAAAUAUUGAAGGGUCGUAUGCCUGAAUCCUCGACUAUUCUAGUUCUUGAAUAGGUCAGGAGGAACCGUCCAAAUUAUAACUUUUAGACAUAAUUAAAAUAAACAAAGAGAUGUGACAUUUGCAUCAUGACUUCUUCACCUUUGACAAGCUCUGCUCCUUCUGCAUCUCUAUAUAAACACAUCAUGAUUUAGCUUAGUCGUAUCACAAACUCAACCAUCUACAAAUUACACUUUUAGAGAGUGAUAUGGCUAGGAAGAGAAAGCUAGCCACUGGUCAAGAACAGAGUCCUGAAUUCAACAUGGCUUGGGGUGGGAUGUUGACUGAAGCAGAGGAAACCACAGUACUAGGUGGUCCCCGGCGAGCCCGGAAGAAAUUUGUGGGGGUCCGGCAACGACCAUCUGGAAGAUGGGUUGCAGAGAUCAAGGACACCAUACAGAAGAUUAGAGUAUGGUUAGGCACCUUUGACACAGCAGAGGAAGCAGCCCGAGCCUAUGACGAAGCCGCUUGCUUGCUACGUGGAGCCAACACUCGCACGAAUUUCUGGCCUUGUCAACCUUUUUCAACCACAUCCGCCCUUCCCUCCAAGGUCGCAAGCCUUCUGCUUCGUAGGCUUGAAGCCCGGAAUAGGUCUUUAGCAGCAGCUCCAUCUUCACAAAGUACUUCUAUGCUGACCGUUAACCAUCAUGAUGAGGUGGCACAGCCGGAGGAAUUUGGAGAUAACGUUGAAGCAUUCUCAGAUACAUUCUGUACUGACUUUCUCAAGGAUCUUGAUGGGUUGCUACCUAUCAAUGAUACGGGUGAUCUUUACUGCAACACGAGCUUUGAGUCAUCAAUACCCGUUCAUGUGAAUCGUUGUGAUGUUCAAGCUGUAGCUCCGAGUUCAAGUGAAGAUACAAAUGGCGGGACUUUAAUACAAGAAGAAGAAGAAGAAACGAUUGAUUUCAAGUUUAUUGAUGAAGUUGGAUCCGUUUGCAACUUCUCUCCAUUUGAUAUAGCUCAAGAAAUUGAUUUAGAAGCAAGGGAUGAAGAAGAAGAAGAAGAGCCAUUGACAAUAAGUGAAUCAAUGAAAAGGAUGAAAUACGAGCGCAGGUUCUCGGCUUCGCUUUAUGCGUUCCAUGGUAUACCAGAGUGCUUAAAGCGAAAAUUGGGGUCCAAAAUGCAAUGUCGAGCAAAUGAAGAAAAUCACAAGGCAAGUGAUGUGGGUCCGGUGAGUGAUGGAGAACUAUCACUUUGGAGCUCCCUCGAUCUUCCUACCAUUUUGAAAGUUAUACCCUGCAUCAUACCUAGUAAUUUCAGCUCUUCAACAGAGAGGGGUAUGGCUAGGAAGAGAAAGCUAGCCACUGCUGAAGAACAGAAUCCUGAAUUCAACAUUGCCUGGGGUGGGAUGUUAACAGAGGCAGAGGUAACUGCAGCACUAGGCGGCCCCCGGCAAGCCCGGAGUAAGUUUAUCGGGGUCCGCCAACGACCAUCUGGCCGAUGGGUUGCAGAAAUCAAGGACACCAUACAAAAGAUUAGAGUAUGGUUAGGCACCUUUGACACUGCUGAGGAAGCGGCUCGAGCCUAUGAUGAAGCCGCUUGCUUGCUACGCGGAGCCAACACUCGCACGAAUUUCUGGCCUUCUCAACCGUUUUCUACCACAUCCUCCCUUCCGUCUAAAGUCACAAGACUUCUUCUUCGUAGGCUUGAAGCCCGGAAUAGGUCUUUAACAGCAGCUGCAUCUUCACAAAGUACUUCUAUGCUGACCGUUAAUCAUCAUGAUGAGGUGGCACGGCCAGAGGAAUUUGGAGAUAACGUUGAAGCGUUCACAGAUAUGUGCUUUACCGACUUUCUCAGGGAUCUUGAUGGGUGCCUCCCUAUCAAUGACACAAGCAAUCUUUACUGCAACACGAGCUUUGAAUCAUCUAUACCCGUUCAUGUGAAUCGUUGUGAUGAUCAAGUGGUAGCUCCAUCUUCAAGUGAAGAUACAAAUGACGGAAGUGUAAUACAAGAAGACGAAGAAGAAGAAGAAACAAUCGAUUUCAAGUUUCUUGAUGAAGUUGGAUCCGCUUGCAACUUCUCUGCAUUUGAUAUAACUCACGAAAUUUCUUUGGAACCAAUGGAAUAAGAAGAAGAAGAGCCACUGACAAUAAGCGAAGCAAUGAAAAGGAUGAUAUACGAGCACAAGUUCUCGGCCUCUCUUUAUGCUUUCCAUGGUAUACCUGAGUGCUUAAAGCGGGUUCGAAAUGCAAAGUCGAGCAAAUGAAGAAGCCGAAAAGGUGAUGGUAGAAAAUAGUAAGGCAAGUGAUGUGGGUUGAAGUGACGCUCUGGAGCUCGCUUGAUCUUCCUACCAUUUUCUAUGUUAACUAGACUCGA